UGUAUUUUAUUUUUAGUUCCGAGUACGAGAAUCACGAAUUCACGUUAUAGGCCGUUAUGAGUAAAAGCUUCACGUUUUGUCCGCUUGGCUCAGUGCUGUCAGUGGAAAUCUUGGGGUUAAACAGCAAACUCUCAUUGUUAUUUCCUUUUGUUGACGUAGGGAUAUUUGACACAAGAAUUCCGUUUUUAAAAGCCAAGAAUCUCAAUAUUUCGUGUAAGAAUUUUUGUUUUUGAGUGAUGUGAAAGUUACAGUGACCGACUUCGGUUUAGUUCACUACAUCAGAAAUCUCAUCUUUCGUAAUUGUAUUCUAAAUGUUGUCAUUGAGAAUGGUCGAUCGCUUACUUGCUUGCAGACCAUUUACACCUGUACUUAUUGGCAUUUGCGUAGGUAUUUCUAUUAGUUUGAUUGUAACCAAUGCCGGUAACGACAGUGGUUGCAUGGAAAAGAGCUCUGCUUUCUUUGGAGAUAUUUUUGAUAAAAGUCACAGCGUCGAGUCCUUGUUCACAGAUGACAGCAAAAUUGCACAAGAUGAAAACACUGAAGACUUGAGCGAUUAUGACCCUAGAAUCAACCUGGCUGGGAAGCCUCAUUCUGCCAAAAAAGAGCCUCAGACCCUAAUUAGACCCAGAUAUUUAUCUACAGAAUUGGGAAUCAAAGAGAAAAAUUUUGUUGCAGUUUUAAGCUCAAUCAAACAAAUCCCAACUUUAGGACUUGCAAUUAACGAAACCUUAGCUCAUCAUGUGAACCGCUUAGCCUUCUUUGUUGAAGUUGUUGGAAAUGAUAAACUUGAUGUCAAAACUCUUCCUAUUGUUGGAUUUAAAGAUAGCCAACAAGGUCUUCUGACCCUUCACACUUUAAAAUAUUUAGCUGACAAAUUGGCUGUUGGAUACAGUUACUUUUUCUUGAUCAAAGACACCACUUAUGUUGAUGGAAGGAAGCUAGAUAACUUGACAAAACACAUUAGUAUUACUGAAAAUGUUUAUAUGGGAUUGCCUGGAACACAUCCAACGUCUAAUCCGUCUGUGUGCUCUUUGGACAGUGGUAUACUUAUAAGCAGCUCGGUCCUUUUGGCGAUAUCUCCGCUGCUGGAGACUUGCACAGAAGAUUUUGCAUUUAACUCGGACGAUGAAAAAAUUGGACUUUGCAUUUUCAAAGCCUUGAAUCUCACAUGUCAAUCACAAGUUCAAGGCCAAACCUUUUCUACAUUUAAUCUCGAUGCCCAUAUUAGUGACGUCCGGCAGCUGGAGAAAAUCUGGGAAUCUCAACCGGCAUUGUCUAAUGCGUUGACAUUUUUUCACGCACGAGAGACUUCAUACUUUUUCAUGCUUAACAAACAAACCUGCGAGGUAGCUCUACGAAAUAUUAAAAACUCGAUUCGGGACCUUGAAUCUUCGAUUUUCCGCUUGGCACCGGAUGCUCCUGGUGGACUGGAGGCGGUUACAUGGCCUGUUGGAUAUUCUCCUCCUUCGAAACAAGACACUCGUUUUAGCGUUUUACACUGGAAAUAUUUCAACGAGACUCAUGUCUUUUUUGACACGGAAAACAGCGUCGUCAAACCGUUGAGUGGUCCAAACUUGGAAGAUAUUCAAGAGGUUAUAAGUGCAGCUGUUAAAAGUGUUUUGAAGGAGAGCCCAGAACUUAACUACUUGCGAGUAGUGAGCAGUUACAAGCGUUUCGAUCCUACUCGAGGAAUGGACUACCGAUUGCAUCUUCUUUUUAAAGAUCCAGUCAAAGGGAAAAUUACCGUUAGAAUGGAAGGUUGUAGGCCUAUUACUCACGUGGAUACGGUGCCAAUGCCGUACGUCACCGAAUCAUCGGUGGUCCAUAUCGUUCUCGUUUUGAGGGAGGACGACGAAAUCGCUCCCGCCGAAAGGUUCAUCUCUUUCUUUGCCAAAAACAUGAUGGCUAAAUCUGAUAAAUCAGAACUGACUUUGGUGCUCCUCAACCGAGACGCUGGCAAUUUCAAAUCACUUGCGCAGACCCUCAAUGCGCAAUACAAAAAACAGGGCUCCAAGAUCAGCAUCCUCUCGUCCAAAAUUUCCAGUUUGAACCGGUCGGGAAUGGACUUUAUCGCAGUUGACCUGAUUAGCAGCAAAGUGGAACCUGGGACGCUCAUCUUCUUAUGCAAUCCGUUUACUGAAAUUUACCCGGAUGUAUUGAAUCGCGUACGGAUCAAUACCAUCUCUGGCUGGCAGCUAUUUAGCCCCAUUCCAUUCGCAGAGUACAACCCUGAGGUAUCGUUCCCUGGCUUAUCGAAAACUGAAGCACUCAACAUUUCAACGAACCAAGGCUUUUACGACGUUCACGAGACACAACACAUCAGUUUCUACAUGGCAGACUACUUAAACGCGCGGAAAACUUUUGAGAUGGAACAACCGCUGGUGAAAUCUGAUCGUGACCUUCAAGGAGAGUUUAGUUCACCCCAUGAAUCGAUUUUAGCCAUGUUCACUCGGAUGCGUCAGCUGCACAUUCUACGAGCUGUAGAACCCCAUUUGCGAAUUCGCUAUCACGAACGAAAAUGCGAGACUAGACGAUGCCGAGAGAGUUUCCUGUUGUCCCAAGGAACAAGAUCUCAGCUUGCACAAUUUGCCCUCGACCGAGAAUCUCCUGCGCUGACGGAAUAACUAUCGCUGUGUGCGGAACAAUUUCCUUUAACUAGAAGCUGCUGCUUUAGUCCUAUCAGCAUCAUUCGCUAUUUGUGAUAAAAACGAGUGCCAAGGCAUGAAAAACGGCUACCAAUAUAACAUUUCGAUAAUUAAUAGUGUUAUUAUAUUUGUUAUAAAGCCUAUGUCGUCUGAAUCGUUUCCGAGUCCUGCUUUUCGUUUAAUUGGGUCGGCUCUUGUUCUGCUCGCAGUUUUUCCUCUUCCAUUUGCUUCUUCUUCUUGACUAAAUCUGAUAGGUAUUUCACUCGCAUCAUACACUCCUCCUAUUGAGAUUGAAUUGAAAAGACAUUGUAAAGCAACGCUUACGUUUUUUGAAUUGUUAUACUAAAAAAACAAGAAUGUAGUAGUUAUUUAGUUACCUUUGUUUUAUCGGGCACUGCCUUUGCAAUACGUUCCCACCUUUCGGAGCAUCCUUUGGUGUAGCAAGCCAGGGCUGUUUCAAGAGAUUUUUGUUGCUUUUGUGUCCAGCCACAACUACCAGGAGUUUGUUCUUCCACUCCUUCAAUCCCAUAGUUUGCCUGUGUAGGUUCUGCCAACAAAAUGUUAUUUUUCCCUCCUCUGGUCUUUUCCUUUUUCUUCUCCACCCUUUCUUCCUCCUUGGCAAUUCCGUCACCUUCUUGACCUUCAAGUGGCCUGAAUAGAAGAAUAAAAAAGUCUGUGACAGACUAUAAAUAAAUACGUUUGUACGAAAAUA